UGGGAAUUCUAAAGCACAUAUUAAAUGGUGUCCGAUGGAAUUAGUACCGAAAUUGGCAACUAUUCAUUUCCAUAUGAGGAAUUGGCGGACGCACGGACUCGUCCGUGGCUGCUGGUGGAAUCGCCUUGGAAUAUUGCCGCUCUGUUGGCCUUCUAUCUGCUGAUGGUGCUCUACGGGCCCAAAUGGGCAGCCAGGAGAAAGCCGAUGAAGCUGCGAGUGCCAUUGUUCUGCCACAGUGUGGCCAUGGCCCUGCUGAAUGCCCACAUUUGCCUGGAGCUCUUCACGGCGACCCGGGCCCUCGACUAUAGCUUCGGCUGUCAGCCGUGUCGGGUGAGCUAUAACCCACAUGAAAUGCGUAUUGCCGCGGCCUUUUGGUGGUUCUACUUCUCAAAACUACUGGAGUUCGCCGACACGGCCUUCUUCAUCCUGCGCCACAAGUGGACUCAACUGAGCUUCCUGCACGUCUAUCAUCACAGCACCAUGUUCCUCAUGACCUGGGUCUUCGUCAAGUGGAAACCAACGGGAUCGAGUUAUUUUCCGGCCAUGAUGAACUCCUUCGUCCACAUUAUCAUGUACAGCUAUUAUGCGCUGAGUGUCCUGGGUCCGCGGGUCCAGCGGUUCCUCUGGUGGAAGCGCUACUUGACGGCCCUCCAGCUGCUGCAGUUCACCGUCGGCAUUAUCUGGACAUCCCAGAUGGUCAUCCGGGGCUGCGAGUACGGAACUUGGUUAAGCGCGAUGGGAGGAGUCUAUACGGUGCCCUUCCUCUUCCUUUUCGGCCGAUUCUAUGCCAAAAACUACAGCGCAUCGACAGAAGUCAAGAAACCCAUUAAAUAACAAUUUAAUAAAUUUUAAAUUUAAAAAGAAAAAUCCGAAUCACAUCUGUGGUUUUUACCAAAAACGUGAUUUCAAAUGACAAGAAAAAACUA